AUGUGGCAAUACGGCGACCACCUUCGGAACUUCGUGGCACACUUCAACGUUUACGUGCCUGACCUUCUCUUCUUCGGCGAUUCCUUCACGUCACGACCUGAGAGGACGGAGUCCUUUCAGGCCGUGUGCUUGAGGAAGCUGAUGGAGUUUCAUGGUGUCCACAGGAUGAGCUUGGUUGGGAUCAGCUAUGGUGGCUUUGUGGCGUAUAGUUUGGCUGCACAGUUCCCUGAGAAAGUGGAGAAGUUGGCGCUUUGUUGCACGGGUGUUUGCUUGGAGGAGAUUGACAUGAAAAAUGGGUUGUUUAAGGUUUCUGAUUUGGAUGAAGCUGCAAGCAUUUUGAUGCCUCAGACUCCCGAGAAGCUCAGGGAGUUGAUGCGGCUAUCUUUUGUUAGGCCUGCAAGGGGCGUCCCUACUUGGUUCCUUGCAGAUUUCAUUCAGCAGGUGAUGUGUACACGUUGCGUUGAUGAGAAGAGAGAAUUACUUGAGGCAAUACUCAAAGGUCGAAAACUUUCUAAUCUUCCCAAGAUCCAACAGAACACGCUAAUCAUAUGGGGAGAGCAAGAUCAGGUAUUCCCUCUCGAGUUAGGACACAGAUUACAAAGGUGAGAUAUAUAGAUUUCUCAACCCAGCACAUACAAGUUCGAAGCAUCAUCUUAAACAACAAUGGACUUGUGUUUGAUUUGGAGCAGGCAUAUAGGGGAAAGUGCUCAUAUUGUGGUGAUCAAGAAUGCAGGGCAUGCAGUGAACCUAGAGAAGUCUAAAGAGUUUGCCAGGCACUUGAAAUCUUUCCUCGUUGGUCCCAAGACAUGUUCGUCCUCGCCCUCACUUAGUUUUAGUUUUAGAUGGACAAAUUCAGAAGGCCAUUCUUGAUCUCAGUAAGUCAUGCAACUUUCUUCUUUUUUAGCAAGGGAAUCAUGAUCAUCAACAUUGCUUGGUUAGACUGUAAUAGGAUCCUUACAAUUAUUCUCAUUCUCAUUUUAGAGGAUCUAUAUUCGUAUUAUGUUUGGAUAAAAAUAAAGUCUAAGAAAGAGAGAUGUAAUUAAUACCAAUAUGAUUGCUAGUAAUAGUGUUAGCUAAUGUUCUGUAAUCAUUUUUUGUAAAUUUGUAGUGUUUGCUUUUGGUGAUUAAUUAGUGAAACACAGCAUCAUUUUCUACAGUUUAUAUGUUAUCUCGCAUGGAGACAACUGAUUAUAUUC